AUGGAAGGACAUUCUCGGAAACAUUGUGAAGUCAAAAAGGCCAAAGAAUUUCUUAAUGAAGUUAAACAUAGAUUUAUUCAAGAUAACAGGAGGGAUAAGUAUGAUGAUUUUCUGAAAGUCUUGAAGGAUUACAAGACAAAAAGGAUUGAUGAUGCAACUAUCAGUAAAUUAUUGAAUGGAUUAUUCGAAGGUCAUAGAGAUCUUAUAUCAAGAUUGAACUACUUCAUGCCUGAUGGAUUUAAGAUCAAGCUUCCAAAAGAGGAGGAAGAAUCUCUAGAACAUUCUGAAGAAAAAAAUGCCAAAGAAUUUGUCAAUGAUGUUAAGUGUAGAUUUAUUCAAGUUAAUCAGAGGGAUAAGUGUGAUAACUUUUUGAAUGUCUUGAAUGAUUACAAGACACAAAGGAUUGAUGCUGCGAAUCUCAGUAAAUUAUUAAAGGGAUUAUUUGAAGGUCAUAGAGAUCUUAUAUUAAGAUUGAACUAUUACAUGCCUGAUGGAUAUGCAAUCAAGCUUCCAUCGGAGGAGGAACAAUCUCUGGAACAUUGUGAAGCAAAAAAUGCCAAAGAAUUUUUGAAUGAAGUUAAAUGUAGAUUUAUUCAAGUUAAUCAGAGGGAAAAGAAUGAUAACUUUCUGAAUGUCUUGAAGGAUUACAGGACACAAAGAAUUGAUGAUGCAAAUCUGGUUAUAAAAAUGAAGAAAAUAUUUGAAGGUCAUAGUGAUUUAAUAUCAAGAUUAAACUACUUCCUACCUGAUGGAUAUGAAAUCAAGCUUCCAUUGGAGGAGGAACAAGUUCAUGUUAAAUUGGAAGAUGCUAAAAGUUCUUGA